CUACGCCUACACUCUUUCUCUCUCUUUCUCUCUUUCUCUGUCCCUUGCGGCACCUCCCCCCACCCUGCUCUCUGCUGCCCCCCGCAGGCCUCCAGAGACCUGGUCUGCUUCCUCCAGUUGGACCACGUCAACGUCUACUACGGCCAGGACUACCGCAGCAAGUACAAGGCCCCCACCGACUACUGCCUGGCUCUCAAGCACCCUCAGAUCCAGAAGAAGUCCCAGUACAUCAAGUACCUGUGCUGCGAUGAUGUCAGGACUCUGCACCAAUGGGUGAACGGCAUUCGUAUCGCCAAGUACGGCAAGCAGCUGUACGUGAACUACCAGGAGGCCAUGAAGCGGACGGAGGCGGCGUACGAUUGGUCCUCCCUUUCCACCUCCUCCAUGCGGUCGGGCUCCAGCUCUGCCAGCAUACCCGCUGACACUCAGUCCAACCACUCGGGCCAAUCAGACAGCGGCGUGGACACAGGCUCCGCCCACGGCCGCUCCCAGAGUGUGGUCAGCUCCAUCUUCUCCGAGGCCUGGAAGAGGGGCACUCAGAUGGAGGAGAGCACUAAGAUGCGGAUGGACUCGACCAGGGGCGGCACCCUGCCCCAUCGCCACCACAGCCAACACUCAGUGGACCAGCCGGCCCCCGCCCCCGCCUCCCCGCAGCCCCCCGGCCUGCCUCCGGGCCCCCAGCAGCUCAACGGCCAGCUGCCUCCCCCGGACUCGCCCCAUCUGCAGCAGCAGCAGCAUCAACCCCCAACCCCACCCCCAUCCCAGCAGCAUCAAACCCCACCCCCAACCCAGCAGCAGCAGCAGCAGCAGCCACCACCCAAUCUGCAGCAGCAGCAUCAACCAAAGCCCCAACCGCCGCAACAACAUCAACCGCCACCGCAACAGCAUCAACCGCCGCCGCAGCAGCAUCUGCGGCAGGAUCAGCCGCCACCACAGCUGCAGCAGAAUCAUCAUCAACCACAACAACAACAUCUGCAGCAGCAGCAACCACAUCUGCAGCAGCAGCAACCACCACAACAUCUGCAGCAGCAGCAACCACCACAACAUCUGCAGCAACAGCAACCACCACAACAUCUGCAGCAACAGCAACCACCACAACAUCUGCAGCAGCAGCAACCACAACAUCUGCAGCAGCAUCCACCGCAACAUCUGCAGCAGCAACCACCACAACAUCUGCAGCAGCAACAACCACAACAUCUGCAGCCGCAGCAUCAUCCAACACCACAGCAGCUGCAGCAAAGGCUGCAUCAACAGCAGCAGCAACAGCUGCAGCAGCAGCUUCACCAGCAGCUGCAGCUGGCGCAGCAGCAACAGCUGCAGAAGCAGCAGCAGCAGCAGCAGCAGCAGCAGCAGCAGCAGCUGCAGCAGCAGCAGCAGCAGCAGGUGGAGCAGCAGCUCCACCAGCAGCUGCAGCUGGCGCAGCAGCAACAGCUGCAGAAGCAGCAGCAGCAGCUGCAGCAGCAGCAGGUGGAGCAGCAGGUGGAGCCGCAGGUGGAGCCCCCCCAGCCGCAGACGGAGCAGCAGCAGUGGCAGCAGUGGCAGCAGCAGCAGCAGCUGGAGGAGCACCAGCGGCUGCUGCAGCAGGCGCAGGCGCGCAGCUACGCCGGCGGUGCCGGCACCGGCACCGCCGCCGCCGCCGCCGCCCCGCCACCGCCGCCGCCCCCUCCCCCUCCCCCGCCGCCGCCCCUGCCCCCCGUGCAGGCGGUGUCGCACCAGUCCAAGGCGCCGCUCAUGUACAAGUUCAGCACCAUCACCCGCCUGCAGAACCGCAACAACGCCGCCGCCGCCGGGAAGACGGCCAAUCACCUGCCUCCCCUGACCCAGCCGGCGCCGGCGCCGCCCCCUCCCCCGGCCAAUCACGUCGCGGCGGCGGCGGGGAACAACCCCCCGCCCCCUCCUCCCCCCCCGCCCCCCCCUCCCUGCCUGCCGGCCCCCGGCUCGGCCAUGGCGACGCUGAAGCCGGGCCCCUCCAGCCCCACGGGGGCGGCCUCCGCCUUCCCCCCGCCCCCCCCUCCCCCUCCUCCCCCUCCCCCUCCCCCCCCGGGCCCCGGGCCGCCCCCCCCCUCCUCCUCCUCCUCCUCCUACGGGGGGGGCCUCAAGCAGGCCCUGAAGGAGCGCUUCCCCAGCCCGCCGCGGGACCUCCUGUCGCUGGAGGAGUCCCUCCCCCCGGCGCCGGCCCCGCCCCCUCCUCCCCCUCCCCCGCCGCCGCCCCCCCCCUCCCCCUCCCCCGCCGCCCGCCCAGCAGCACCUCGGCGGCUUCCCGGCCCCGCCCCCCCUCCGCUUCCCCGCCCCUCCCCCCCCCGCCCCCCCCAAGGGCCCCAAGGCCUACGGCCCCGGCGGGUUCCUCCCCCCGCCGCCCGCCACGGCCCACAAGCCCGUCUCCCCCGUCUCCCCCUUCCCCCCGCCCCCCUCGGCCCUGGACGCCCCGGCCCCUCCCCCUCCGCCUCCCCCCCCUCCUCCCCCGCCCCCCCCCCCUCCUCGGCCCUGAGGAAGCAGUUCAGCCUGCAGGCGGCCCACCUCCCCCCCGACAACCGGCCCCCCACCCUCCCCAAGCAGCACAGCCUCUCCAAGCCCCCCCCCUCCUCCUCCUCCUCCUCUUCCUCCUCCUCCUCUUCCUCCUCGGUCAGGCAGCUCGCCAGCCAGUUCCCCGGCUCCUCCCACUCCUCCUCCUCCUCUUCUUCCCUGACGGCCAAUCAUGCGGAGAGCCUCAAGGCCCCGCCCCUCUCCCCGCCGGCGGUGAAGGCCAAGCCAAGAUGGCAGCCGGGCGGCGGCGGCGGCGGCGGCGGCGGCGGCGGCCAUGAGUUCCCCCCUCCCCCUCCCCCCGAGAGCGCGCCGUCCGCGUUCCCCGCCCCUCAUCCUCCCCCUCCUCCCCCCCCUCCUGGACCCCCCGCCUGCCCCGCCUCCGGCCCCGCCCCGCCCCCGCCCCCGCUCCCGCCGGGGGCCGCUGGCUCCUCCCCCUUCGGGAAGAAGGCUCCGCCCACGCCGCAGAGGAACUCGAGCGUGACGGCCGAGUCGUGCGACGCCUACCAGGAGUCCCGGAGGAACCUGCUGCGCAAGUUCAACGGCUCCGCCUCCUCCUCCUCCUCCUCCACCCCCUCUCCCGCCUCCUCCUCCUCCUCCACCCGGUCCCCCUCCUCCUCCUCCUCCUCCACCCGGUCCCCCUCCAAGGACCCCCCCGCCGGCCCCCCGGCCCCCCCCAAGCCGGGGAAGCUCAACCUGUCUCACCUCCAGAGCAGGGCGGGGCCGACCCGGCAGACGGGCGGCGCCGACUUCCCCUCGCCGCCGCACGACUACGGCUGCUUCCCCCCGCCCCCUCCGCCCUCCGGCGACCUGUUCCCGCCCCCUCCCCCCCCGCCCCCGCCGCCCCCCCCGCCCGGCGGGCCGCCCCGGGUGGCGGUGGUCAACCCCCAGCCCCAGGCCCCGCCCUGCCCGCCCCCUCCCGUGCCCCCGCCGGCCCACAGCGCCCCCUGGGGCAAGGCCUCGCUGCGGAAGACCCCGCCCCCCACGCUGGGGCGCCGCGGCAACGCCACGCCCGAGCCCGGGGCCGCGCCCGCCCCGCUGUCGCCCGGCGCCAACCCGCCGCCGCCGACGUCGCCAAAGGGCGGGAACUUCCUGGACGACCUGCACCGCACGCUGAAGCGCAAGUCGACGGGCCGCCAGGGCUCGCUGUCGUCGGGGCCCGGGGCCCGCCUCUCGGGCAAGAUGGACGCCGCGGCGGGGGGGGAGGGCGCGGCCGACGACAUGGCGCUCCCGCCGCCGCCGCCCGAGCUGCUGUCGGACGGCGGCAAGAACGGGAACGGGGGCGGGGCUAACGGCGGCGGCGGCUACCUGUCGGGGAACAUCUCAGGCUAUGCAACGCUGAGGCGGGGGCCGGCGCCUACGCCGCCCAAGAGAGGGGACGCCACCAAGCUCACGGGAGAGUGUUGAGACGCUUACAGAGGGAAGCGGGGACGGACGGACGCACGGACGCACGGACUGAAGACGGCCGGACUGAGGGACAGGGCGACAAACAGGGGAGACCUGAAACUUCCAUCCUGUCAUCGUUUUGGGAUUGUGUGCGUGUGUGUGUGCGUGUGUAUGUGUGUGUGUGUGUGUGUGUGUACUAAGCCAAACCACGAUCGUACGUUUAAGUUUCGCAGGUCAUUUCAUUUGUUUGACUCUGAUUGGACUGUUUUUUUUUAAUAAAAGAAGAAGAAAGUUCCGGACAAACGGACAGAUGGAAAAAAACACGUCCCGCGUGCGACAAACCGCUUCCCCGUGUGCUGGAGUUUUCCGAUCAGAUUCAAACGAGAACUUUGUCUUGAAUGUGGACUUGCCGAUAUGGUCGUUGGUGUGCUUUUGUCUCCGAUCCCGGACUGAGCCAAUCCCCGCUCCAUCCCGCGUUUUGAACACAGAAAAACCCGGAUUUGAAUCCGCUGGAAUGCUGCAUGGACCAGCUGUAUGAAACACGCUAACUUUAAGCUCUUCUGUCUGUGCGUUGUCCCAGAGAGAGUGAGAGCGAGAGAGAGAGAGAGAGAGAGAGAGAGAGAGAGAGAGAGACUGUGUGUGUGUGUGUGUGUGUGUGUGUGUGUGUGUGUGUGUGUGUGUGUGUGUGUGUGUGUGUGUGUGUGUGUGUGUGUGUGUGUGUGUGCCUGUCUGCCUGUGUGCCUGUGUGUGUGCGCGCGCGUGUGUCCCCGUUUUUUCCUGUGUAAUGUUAGCCAAACGUCUCCGUGGAGAAGGGGUUGAAUUUGCUUCUUUUUUUUGCUUUUCUAUGAAUUUAUUUAAUUUGAUCAAUGAGAAAGAUCUCGUUUUCUUUUAUAUAAUCAUGUCUUUAGAUAGAGUGUAACAAUGGAAGGAUGGAGAGAGAGGGGGGGGGGGGGGGGAUGUUUGGGUGUUAAAGAAUGUACUGAGAGGUGGACUUUUGUACAUUGACUGUCUCUCUACCACGUGGCAAUGCAAAAUCGGAAGGAAGCCUUAUAUUUGUGAAGAAACUGCCAUUUCGACGCAACAUAAAAAACAAAUCAAGUUUCUUCCACCGUCUCAGCAGAGUCUGGACUCUGGAAACCGGAAAGAAGAAGGAGGAAAAAUACGAAGAAGAAACUCUGAAAAGAAGACAAGUGCUUUGUUUUACUUAAUUUAAUGCAAACAUGAAGUGUAGCUUACUAUGGACUUUUAAAUGUGGCUGGGUAGGGCAGGAGGGGCUGUUUAAGUAGUGUGUGUGAGAGGGGGGGUAUGUGUGUGUGUGUGGGUUGGUCGAUGUCGAGACUCGCAUGCGUUGGGGGGUUUGUAUUGUACAGUUCCAGCUGCUGCUCUCUUCCAAUUGGCCAAUGACCGGAAGUAGACUGUACAUGCUACACACCCUACAACACUCGCGCACAUACAGACGCACACACGCACACACGCAGAAGUCACGUUCUCCCGGGACAGGAGUCCGAUAGAAGAUGAAGAAUACAGACGUUAAUAGAAAUAACAACAGCUCGAAGGGUUUGGAGCUGUUGAUUUAGAGUGUGUGCCGACAUUGAAGACGUUUAUCAGUUGAAUCUCUUCAUAUCCUAUAUUUCCAUGGUGCCAUAGAGUCUUUUAAACACGCGAUUUGACUAAACGUGACGGCGUGGGGUUUCUGGGCUCUAUCGAUGUUUUCCCUUCCGACCAAUGCCUUGUUCCCGCACAUUUCAGACGACAUUAAAACGUUUAGGUAAAUACUGUUAUAUCAACGCCGAUUCAGGCAUUGAUUGAAAACGACCAUGGAGAGUGUUGGAAACCUAUCUUCAAAAACUGGUGUGACGCCCGCUUUGUGUAGGGGGCCACUUCGACGCCAUCGUUUAGGAUGAAACACAUGCAUACGGUUAUAAUCUGCUUGGUUUGAAGGAGGAUAUUUAAUGGAGGGAGUUGGAAUACGAUGGACCACUGUGCUAGACCUCGCUCUACAUGCUACCCCGUCGUCGCGAUUCUUCCCUCCGUGCAUACUUUGCCCUCCUCCGGCGGCUUGUAUAUCUUUUUCAUAUAACUUGAAUAUCAUUGUCAUGUACAGGUGCGUUGGCGACAGUACAGUAUGUAAGUUAUUGAUGUGCUGAGGCGGGAUUAGAGGGCCCUAGUUAAAGCGGAUAAGUGUGUGGAGAUUUGCAAAGAUUGCUAUAAACGUGUCCUCUUGCAUAUAAACUGCAGAAAUCACAAAUAUAAAUGUUCCAACAAGA